UCUCUCGCUCGCAGUGCGCCAGUACAGCGACCAACAUCCUUGGCACCAUGCUGCCGAUGAUCCGGACGGCGGUGAAGAAGAGGAACGUGGAGCUGGCCAAGAAGUUCCUGGACAAGUCGAAGGGCUGGAUCGAGGACAUCUGCCACCAGGUGGACCGCUCGGUGGAGAAGUACGAGGCUCUGGGCAGGGGCGUGGGCGACACCUGCAGCGACGUGGUCAAGACCAAGGCGGACAAGGAGCAGCAGAAGAAGGAGAAGAGCGCGGAGGCCCAGGCCCUGGAGGGACAGUCCAGCAAGCUGGACACCACGGUCAAACAGCUGCAGGGGGAGAGGGACCAGAUGGAGAAGGACAUCCAGGACAAGAACAAGGAGCUGCAGGGCCUCAUCAUCAGCAUCGGGGAGCGGGACCGCAAGUUCGCCAUCGUGGCGGCCGUGGUGCCCAUCCUGGGCAACAUGAUCAACGCCAUCCAGAAGGCCGCCAAUGACCCCAAGGACAAGGCGGCCGUGGAGACUCUCAAGGUCCAGCUGGAGGAGCUGCACAAGAGCAAGGACGCCAAGGUGUCGGAGCUGUGGCAGAAGGAGAAGGAGCUGAUCCGGCUGCAGCUGGACUACGCCAAGGUCCAGAUCGACAUCGGUAGGCGAGCGGGUUGUCAGAUCAUGGGGCCGCUGGGACGUGUUUUGUGUGGGGUAUUGGCUUGUUCCACACCCCUACUACUCGGUGUGAAGAAGCCGCUCCUGUCCUGACCGAAGUCCCGCUCU